CCUCACAGUUUUGAAAGCAAAGCAGUCUGUGAAUCCUUUUCUGAGCCAUGUCCCGCCCCAUACGUCCGUCACGUGAUCGCCCGGUUGUCAUGGAAACAGAUAGUAACAAGGAAGAGGCUUCCACCUGAGUAACUGACUAUAAGCAGAAGGAGUCGUGGAUCAGGAAGGUGCUCAACACUAGCAAGAUGUCAAUUCCUUUUUCCAAUACACAUUAUCGUAUCCCGCGAGGCUUUGCUAAUCUCCUGGAAGGACUGACCAGGGAGGUGCUGAGGGAGCAGCCACAGGAUAUUCCACAAUUUGCUACCAGAUAUUUUGCAGAACUUCUUAAAAAGAGACAGGAGUCAGGCUUUGAUCCAGCAGAAUGGGGCGCCGCCCUAGAGGACAGAUACUACAACAACCAUUCCUUCCAGAACCCAGAGGAUAAGAUUUUCACUGCGCACACACAAGAUAUCUUCUCGAGCGCAGCAGAUGUUCAACUGUCUCAAGAUCUCACCUCAUCUGUCCAAGAAAAAGAGAAGGAUGAAUAUCAGAACCCAGAGGAUAAGACGUUCACUGCACGCACAGAAGACAUCUUCUCCAGCGCACUGGAUAUUCAGCUGUCUCAAGAUCUCACCUCAUCUGCAAAAGAAAAAAAGGAGGAUGAACAUAAGGUUGUUGAGGACAGCACCCUCCCUGCCCACAUUGAGGAUGUAAGUGAUAGAAGAGAAAGUGUCCCAGUCCUGGACAACUCUGAGGACACUCUGGAGUCACACCAUCCAUCAUCCUCCCAUUUAGCAGAAGUGGAACACGAGCAGCAGGAGGCAAACGACACGGACAAUCUGCUCCAGGAACAGUCCGCCACCAUGAUACAAGCUGCGUUCCGAGGUUAUCAAGUCAGAGGAAGAGUCCGGCAAAUGAAGGAAGAGUCUGGAGAAAACAACGAGUUGUCUCUCCAAGAGUAUCCAGCUUCAGAUGUGACCUCAGAAGAAACUGCCCCACAUCAAGAAAAAGAUCAGAGUUUGGAAGAAACAGGUGCAGGUCAUGUGGAAGAUCUAAUAGAGAUCCCACAAAAAAACUCCACUCCAGUGCAAUCUCAUGACAACCUCAAAGAAACAAGACCAUUACUGAAUGAUGCUGCAACAACAGAGGAUAUAUUUGGUGGAGAUACCACAGUGGAUGAAGACCUGGAGAGUCAGGCCAAACAAACACAAAGUCUUCAGGAUGAAGAACAGAAUGAAGACAAUUCAGAAAACCUGUUCAUAAAAGAUGAGGCUGAAGAUCACGAUGGACUCCAGUUUCAGGGUGAGGAAGACAACCUGGCCAUAAAAGAAGACUUGGGAGAUCAUGAUAUUCAGCAGAUUCACGAUGAAAAUGAAUUCAGAGAAGAUAACUCAGAUAAUAAAGAAGAUGUAGAAGGUCAGGGCAUGAUGCAGACUGACAGCCUUAGAGAAGACAUGCAAGAAAACCUGGAUAAGAUGGCCACAGAAGAUGAUAAUGAAGAUCAUGAUGUGCAAGUUCAUGAAGAAGUAAAGAAUGUAAUGGAAUCUCAGGGACUUGAAGCUGCAGAAGGCCCUUCCUCUGCUGAGGGACCAGAUACCAGUGUGACAAAGGACACCCAAAGCCAUGAAAAUAAUACUGAGGAACAACAAGAGUCAGUAAACAAUCAGGACAUUGAGACUGAGGGGCAACUAGAGGAUGAAGGGGGUAAAUCUGCAGAUGCUACAAUCAAGAUCCCUGGAGAAAAGCAAGAAGAUGGGGAAGAUACAAGAGAAGAGAAGGAAGCUUUCAGAAGGAGCCAGACGAAGCUGUCGAUAUUGACUUGAAUGACCCCGAUGCCAAUGCAGCCGCCGCUAAAAUCCAGGCCGGUUUCCGUGGUCACAUGACAAGGAAGAAAAUGAAAAGUGGCGAUAAAGAUGUAAAGCACAAAGAGGGUAAAGAAGGCAGCAGUGCGCAGGGAGAGCAU